UGUCUGAUAAAUCCACACCCUGACAGAGGCGCAGAAGCACCAACGCCGGCAGACACCGCGGACGGACACGCAGCCUCUCUCCCUCCCUGCUUGUGGAUCAUCUCCUCUGUGCCAAACGCAAACAUGUCUGACAAGCCAGACCUCACUGAGAUCGCCAGGUUUGACAAAACCAAGUUGAAGAAGACCGAGACAAAAGAGAAGAACCCCCUGCCCACCAAAGAGACCAUCGAGCAGGAGAGGAAAGGAGAUGCAAGCCCCUGACCCGACCGAACGUGGGACGGCCGAGCACAACAGAUGUUCCUCUGAUGGAACUUUGAACCAUCCACUAUUUACAUUUCCUAUUUCAGUUUAAUGGGUGCUACUGCCCCAUGUGAUGCAUGGUUACUAUGGCGAUGGGAGCCACUGAGGCCUAGGAGAGGGUGAAGAUGACACGGGGUGUAAUAAGACAGGGUGCAAAUAUCUUACAGCAAAUUCUCUUUGGUGCAAUGGGGCAUUUUCUUAAUUUUCUAAAAAACGUUUCUUCAUGAAGUAAAAUGUGAACACAGUACUGUAUGUGACUGGUAAUCUCUGAAACCUGCUGUUACCCACACUAAACCGUGGUAAAAGAUAAUAAAAGUACUUACAAUUAAA